AUGCCGGUCGCCUCUACACGAGGCCGGGGCAGGCGCUCCAUCAAUGCCAAGUACGACCGUGUACUCUGCCUCGCUCGCAACAAGCCGCCUGCAACCGCAUCGACCCUUCUUCCAGACCGCCAAAGCGCGCAGGCAAAGGCCAGAACCGUCGCACAGAGGGCUCUCGACCGCCAAGCAGAACUAAUUGAGAAACUAGGCUUUGCUCCACCUCUGCCCUCAAGCUCUGCCACCGCGCAAGUCGGACGGACAUUUGUAUCGCCUCGUUUUGGAACAGGGCAGCGGGAGGCUCACACUUGGCCCGCGGCUGACCGGGCAGAAACCAACCCUUGCCAUGCACCGCCGGUGUCGGUACCAGCUCCACAAUGGCUGUUCGACGCGGCAGGCGGCACGUACCAGCAAAAGUCGAUCACAAUACCACCUUCCCUCACCCAUCAAAACGUAACGGAACUGCGCGCACCAGAGUCGUGGGCCAACUGCGCCGCAUCCACUGCGUUCCAGCCGCCGUUGCCGUCGUCGCACACCUGGCCAGGUCAAGCCGCCACGGACGCCAUGGCUGCGCCGAGAAUGCCGCACAGUGCACCGGAAUUCGCGCAGACGGCCCACCACCCCUCAACUCUAUCACACGCUCAAGGUCUUACGCACACUGUACCCCUUCUGCUGACACCCUACGGACUCGUCAGCACCGACGGGCGGCCGGUGUUGCUGCCUGGCACCCAUUCCGGAACACCGCAACAACUGGACCUGCCUUCUUUCCCUGUGCUCCAGUGGGCCCCGCAGCGCAACUUUCAACCCGCCAUCCAACAAACGCCUGGCGCACUUUCCCAACGCUCAGUGCACUUUCCCACUCCUUCAAACAGCUACCACGUCCAUGACACUCCGCAGUGGCACCCUCACGACGACAUCCCCCAGGCCCUCCCCGUCCCGGCUUCUCCGGGCCCCUUGCGCGUACCCCGAGACUCGGGUCAUUCUCGCGAGCCGUUCCCUCAGCCCCGCGCUCUCACACCACCAUACUCACCACAACUCCUACCACUCCAAGAGCCUCCCAGGGUUGUUUUGUACUCACCAGACCUCACCUCUCACUACUAUGGCUCUGACGAGGAGCUCUCGUUUGAGCACAACAGUCUACAGGACACAAGGAAGACGCUCAAUGACAACCCAAGUCUGCCGACACAUGUGCCGUUCAUCGACGACCAGUCCUUCGACGACGGCGCGAACAACCUGGCAGUGUGGAGCAAGAGCGACAUCGACUGGGCGAAGCCUACCCAGACUUGGAGCGCCAGCAACCAUGAAUGGGAAGGGGAGUCCCUAGGCAGGCGCUCAGGCUCUGACUCGCCAGCAUCACAAUGGUCUACACCCGACAGUGGAGCGCUCGACAUCAGCCAGCAUCACGAGACAACGAAGGAGAGUUGGUGCGAGCCUCUUCUGCCGCAGUCCCACGGCACCCCACCACCUCCGCCUCUUCCCCUUGCUCCUUCUGCUGCGGCCGAGCUCGCCGAGGCGUCUGACGAAUACGCGCCUGGCACUGAAGUAGGACACUUGGCCGAGGAGCAAAACGCGUCCCAGGUCGAACCCGUGAUCGUGGUCGAGCACCUGUCGCAGGAACAGCGGCCAGGCUACGACCUGCAAGAACACACUGGCUCUGACCUGAAAGAACCCUUCACUGACGGCAAGUUGGGGCACCUGUGUGGGUCACCGCACUUGCCCCACUGCGCGUCUCCGCUUGACAACGCGCCCGUGGCCCCGGACGAGGACGAGCUGCUUCUCAAGGACGACGACAGCAUCCCCGGCGGCGUCUGCAUGGACAUGGACGCGGACAUGGAUCUCCAACUGCGCACGACGCAGGUGCACGACGACCCUCCUUCCGCUGCCAUGUUGUUCACAGGAGCACCCCCGACACCGGCAGCCACCACUUCCUCCGCCAUCCCCAUCACCUCUCCGACCCCCACGGCUUGGCACAUGGCCACUCCCAGGCAUGACUCCAAUCCGGGAGCUCUUCCCACUCCAUCACGCAUGCGGCGCGCGACCGAGCGCGCAUGGACCACCUUGGCAGCCAUGCAGCGCGUCUCCGAUCCCGUUGGGCUUGCCACUCCCGCCCCGGACUUUCCGGACUCGCCGGCGCGUGCGCCCAGCAAGGUCGACCCGUACGCCGGCUCGCGGACGGCUUGGGGUCCAGACACGUCAGUGGGCAGCCAGGACGAGCUCGAGUCCAUCGCGAGCUUUUCGGACGUGUCUGAGCGUCCGCCCAUGCCUACGCUGGGUGAGCAGCAGCAACGGUCCGAUCCGGCGCCGCCUCACGCUACCUUCUCAGACCAUCCGUUGAGCGUCGGUGUCCAGCAAGUCGAGGAGGGCAGGUAUACGCCGACGCCGACGCCACCGCGCGAGGUCAACAAGGUCGUCAAGAGAGUGCGCUUUGCGGGACUGGACGACGACGAUGACGAUAUUGGAUUCACGAUCUGGCGUGACGGGUACUGA